AUGUCCGCCAAAGCAGAGGACACCCACGUCCGAGACAUGAUCCGAGAGUCUUUACAGCGAAUCCUGAACCUGGCCAUGGAAGCCAACAAAAAUGUGCAGCAGAACAACGUCCAGAACGCAGUCUUGUUCGAAGCCAUCAAUCUCAUCAUCCAUCUCGAUACCGAGCACGCGCUCAUGAAGCAGAUUUCGUCUCGCCUGGGCCGAUUCAUCCAGAGCAGGGAGACAAACGUGCGAUAUCUUGGGCUGGAGGCAAUGACGCAUCUGGCUGCCCGGACAGAAACCCUCAUACCCAUCAAGCAGCACCAAGAAAUAAUCCUCGGGUCCCUCAAGGACAGAGACAUUAGCGUCCGCAGAAAAGGACUGGACCUGCUGUACAGCAUGUGCGACGCCACCAACGCCCGCAUCAUUGUCGGCGAGCUGCUGCACUUUCUGCAGAGCGCAGACUUUGCCAUUCGCGAGGAAAUGGUGCUUAAGAUUGCCAUUCUCACCGAAAAAUAUGCCACCGACGUCCAGUGGUACGUCGACAUCUCGCUGCGCCUGAUUGCCAUGGCUGGUGAUCAUGUCAGUGACGAAGUCUGGCAGCGGGUAAUUCAGAUUGUCACCAACAACGAAGAGCUUCAGGUCUACGCGGCACAGACUGCUCUGCAGUACGUCAAGUCCGACCAUUGCCACGAGACGCUGGUCAAGAUUGGGGCGUAUAUCCUGGGCGAAUUCGGCCACUUGAUUGCCGAUCAGUCUCGCUGCAGCCCCAUUGAGCAGUUCAUGGCUCUCCAGGGGAAGCUGUCUGGCUGCUCGCCCAGCACCCGGGCCAUGAUUCUGUCGUGCUUCAUCAAGUUUGUCAACUUGUUCCCCGAGAUCAAACCACAUCUCCUUCACACAUUCGAGUUUUACAGCCACACGUUGGAUUCGGAGAUGCAGCAAAGAGCGUGCGAGUACCUCACGCUGGCGAAUAUGCCCACCGACGACCUUCUGAGGACCGUCUGUGACGAGAUGCCGCCCUUCCCCGAGCGGGAGUCUGCUCUCCUUUCCCGACUCCACCAGAAGCAUGCAAACACCAGUGAUCGCCGUACGUGGGUGGUUGGAGGCAAGGACGCCAAUUCUGAUGGCACUGAGCUCGGCAUGGCGAAGCCGGGAGCCCUUAAGAGGACCUUUAGCUCCGCCGCGGCGCUCAACGGCGGGAAGGCCAAUGGGGGCGCCAACGGUGCCAACGACCUCGCCGGCCUGGACAUGAACGCCGCUUCGCCGUCCGAGCCCAAGAUGCUCAAGGCCCCCAACCUCGCGAGCGCGGCUCACCUGUCUCCGGGCUGGGAGAAGGGCUUCGAAGAGCUCAUGCUGCGGUCGGAUGGCAUCCUGUACGAGGAUGGUCAGCUUCAAAUCGGCGUGCGGUCCGAAUACCGCGCACAGAUGGCUUGCCUCAUCGCCUACUUCUCCAACAAGUCGCCGUCGCCCAUGACUUCCUUCACAACCACUCUGGAUCUGGACGAGAGCGAGAAGAGCAACCUGGCCUGGGACGUCAAGGGUCUCCCCGACAGCACGAUUGGCGCCGGAGGGCAAACGCAACAGGUCAUCAUGUUUGAGUCGAAGAAGAUUUUCGAGAAGAGCCCGACGGUGCGAAUCAGCUACCUGGCCGGCGCGUUGCAGGCGGUGACGUUGAAGCUGCCCGUCGCCGCACACAAGUUCAUGGAUCCCACGGAUCUCUCCGCCGAAGACUUCUUCAAGCGCUGGAAGCAGAUCGGGGCCGGAUCUCGCGAGGCACAGGCAAUCUUUGGACUCACAGGUGGCAAGGGCAACAAGAGAGAAAUCACGGAAAAGUUUGUCACCAGCACCGUCGAGGGCUUCCGAUGGCGGGUGCUGGACAUGGUUGAUCCCAACCCGAAGAACGUGGUGGGCGCCAGUGUGUUGCACACCUCGGAGGGAGGAAAAUUCGGCUGUCUCUUGCGUCUGGAGCCCAACUAUUCCAGCCAGAUGCUCCGACUCACAAUCCGCGCCACGGACGACUCAGUGCCGGCAAUCAUGUUGAAACUCAUGCAGGAGAGACUCGCUCAGGGGGUCUCGACCGUCGCCGAGUACCAACCGCCGAGCCGUCAGGAAAUUUCGGAAGCGUUUGGGAACACAAUGGUCUAG